GAUCACUAUGAUGGAGAUUCCAUGAACUUCAGAAGGGGACUUCGAAGCUGCAAGGUGGACAUGUGCCUCUUUGGACUUCGAGAUCGGGAAUCUGGAGUACCACACCGGAAGCGCACAUGCAUAUGGGCUCGCACUGGAAGGCCAGAACGCUUAUGGAUCCAGAUGCACCCAGGCUGGAAGGAUACACAGUCUAAUUCUGCAAACGAGUCUUGGUGGGAGUUCAACGUGAUGGAGUCGCAGAUCUGGUAUGUCCAUACUGAGGAGCUGGUAAAGCAGUAUGCUUCCAUGAUGCUGGACGCAGUGGAAGGACCAGUUGACCUGGCGAAGACUGCGCCGGACCAGAACGAUGUUGAAGAAGUUGUGCAACAUGAAGAGCAACUGGAUCUACUCGAUAAAGAUGCAGAUCCUGACGGAGAAGCUGAGGAAGCAAGGAUGGAGGAAGCUUACUCAGGCUGA